UUUCAUUCGAUCUAUCCUUGUCAUACAAUCUCUCCCACAGCCUGUUGAGUUUUCUCCGAGAGGCUCUUUACCGGCGUCGGCCGCGUGACUUACUGCAACAAAACAUACUGGGCUCGGUUUUAUCGCAAUCUUUGCCCCUGAGACGCGCCGGAAUUUCUUCCCCAAACAAAGUAUAUAUGUACUACAGUACAUGACGUCUUUGUUGACACACAACUUCAACCUUUUAUACCUACGAAGUGAAACCAAGGAAGGCAAAAUACACAUUUAGGGGAACUGUAGCGGACGUGGAGUUAGCCGGGCUGCGAUCUUCUAUCGGGCGGCGCUCCCCGAGGCGUUCGCGACUCGAGUAUUCCGAUUGUUCUCGCUUGCGGUUUGAGAAACAACUCCUCAGCAGCCGGCAGAUACUGGACCCGAGUGCAUGGGGAAUUGGUCAUAAUGGCUCCAGGAGGUGGCGGAAAUAUCAAGGUGGUGGUGAGGGUACGGCCGUUUAAUAGCAGAGAAAAUGACAGAGGGGCACAAUGUAUCGUUCAGAUGAAAGGAAACCAGACCGUCCUCAUCCCGCCACCAGGUGCCGUCGACAAGUUACGAAAAGCUGGCGGGAAGGGCGCGGUAGAAGGACCGAAGACGUUCGCCUUCGACCGAUCGUACUGGUCGUUCGAUAAGAAUGCCCCAAACUAUGCGGGCCAGGACAAUCUCUUCGAUGACUUAGGUGUACCACUUUUAGAUAAUGCCUUUCAGGGUUACAAUAAUUGCAUUUUCGCGUACGGCCAGACUGGCUCCGGAAAGUCCUACUCAAUGAUGGGAUAUGGCAAAGAAUACGGUGUAAUCCCUAGGAUCUGCCAGUCCAUGUUUGAGCGCAUCAACGAGAUUCAACAAGAUAAGAACCUCGGCUGCACAGUGGAAGUUUCCUAUCUGGAAAUCUACAACGAGAGAGUCCGGGACCUCCUUAACCCAUCGAAUAAAGGAAACCUCAAAGUUCGUGAGCAUCCAUCAACAGGUCCAUAUGUCGAAGACCUUGCCAAACUGGCGGUGCGCUCUUUUGAAGAAAUCGAAAAUUUGAUGGACGAAGGUAACAAGGCUAGAACCGUCGCCGCCACAAAUAUGAAUGAAACAUCUAGUAGAUCCCACGCCGUCUUCACGCUUACUCUUACGCAAAAACGUCAUGAUGCUGAAACAUCGAUGGAUACGGAGAAAGUCUCAAGGAUUAGCUUGGUCGAUCUUGCAGGAUCGGAACGAGCAACAUCUACCGGAGCGACUGGUGCUCGGUUGAAGGAAGGUGCAGAAAUUAAUCGUUCGCUUUCAACACUUGGACGUGUGAUUGCCGCUCUAGCAGAUGUGGCUUCUGGCAAAAAGAAAAAUGCCUCGAUGGUUCCAUAUCGUGAUUCCGUUUUGACAUGGUUGUUGAAGGACUCCUUAGGAGGCAACUCCAUGACGGCUAUGAUCGCUGCAAUUUCGCCUGCGGAUAUUAAUUUUGAAGAGACUCUCGGUACUCUACGAUAUGCUGACUCUGCUAAGCGAAUCAAGAACCAUGCUGUUGUAAACGAAGAUCCAAAUGCGCGGAUGAUCAGAGAAUUGAAGGAGGAGCUGGCACAACUUAGAGCUAAGCUUGGAGGUGGUGUAACCCCUGGAGGAGGGGCGGCAGGGGGUGGUGCAGCAGGUGGAAUACCUCCUGAGGAAUAUUACUCUCCAGAUACUCCUUUGGAGAAGCAGGUUGUCUCCAUCCAAAAACCCGAUGGAUCUGUCACCAAGGUCAGCAAGGCUGAGAUCAUAGAGCAGCUUAAUCAGAGUGAGAAGCUCUACAAAGAUCUGAAUCAAACAUGGGAAGAGAAGCUGGUAAAAACCGAACAGAUCCAUAAAGAACGAGAGGCCGCUUUGGAAGAGCUGGGGAUCAGUAUCGAAAAGGGAUUUAUUGGUUUAAGUACACCGAAGAAGAUGCCUCACUUGGUUAACCUUAGUGAUGAUCCACUACUAGCUGAGUGCCUUGUCUACAAUAUCAAACCAGGAACUACCAUGGUCGGAAAUAUGGACCAAGGGAGUCAUGUGGAGAUCCGAUUGAACGGAUCUAAAAUUCUCGCCAACCAUUGUAAGUUUGAAAAUGUGGAUAAUGUCGUUACGAUAGUACCAGGGGAAGGUGCAGCGGUCAUGGUGAAUGGUCUCCGCGUUGACAAACCCAAACGACUGAAAAGUGGCUUUCGAGUCAUCCUGGGUGAUUUUCAUAUAUUUCGUUUCAACCACCCUCAAGAAGCGCGUGCUGAAAGAGUAGAGCAGAGUCUACUUCGACACUCUGUCACUACAAGUCAACUUGGCUCACCUGCCCCGACCAAAACACAUGACCGCACCUUGAGCAAGGGAGGCUCCGAGGUUGACGGUGAUUCUAGCAGGGCUGAUUCUCCGAUGCCCUCUCAGCGUGGGCAGGAGUCAGAAUGGCUUUAUGCUCGGCGAGAAGCUGUCAGUGCUGUGUUAGGCCCAGAUCACAUAUCUCAUAUGCCGGACGAUGAGUUGGAUGCCCUUUUCGAAGAUGUUCAAAAAGUAAGGGCAACACGACGUGCGCUGGUUGACCACGAAGAGGAUUCCGACUCCCUGAGUUCCUUCCCAGUCCGGGACAAAUACAUGUCAAAUGGCACUAUCGAUAAUUUUUCUCUCGACACUGCCAUAACGAUGCCUGGAACCCCUCGUCAGAAUGGGGAGGACGAGGGCCAUAAUGGAGGAGAUACAGCGUUACACUCUGUACGUCAGGAUAUGCAACGCCAGCUAGAUCAGCAGAAGGAGGAGUACCAAGAAAAACUAAGAAACGCAGAAGUUUCCUCAGGUCAAGGCGUCGAAAAUCUCCGCUCCGAGAAAGCUCGGAUGGAAGAAGCUCUGAGAGCGGCAAAAGAAGAAUUUGAAGAGCAACUGAGGAAGCAAAAAGAAGUUUUUGAGACUCACAUAAAAGACAUGGGUCAACCGCUCCCAAAAAUAUAUGAAAAUGGUUUCGCGAAGUUAGAUGCCAAGGAGCUCGAAAUCGCAAGAACGAUCUUCCGUCAUUGGUCGCAACAAAAUUACGUUCGUAUGGCGGAGAAGAUCUUGCAGCAUGCUUCUUUAUUGAAGGAGGCUCAGGUAAUGAGCCAUAUUAUGGACAAGAAUGUCAUCUUUCAAUUCGCAGUUAUUGAUCAUGGACAUAACAUGGCGUCAUCCUAUGAUCUCGUGCUGAAUGGCAUCUCAGGAGACGAAGAUGUUGUGCUUGACGAGGCUAAAAAGCCCUGCAUUGCCGUCCGCGUGAUUGAUUUCAAACAAUGCGUUAUCCAUCUCUGGUCCAUCGAGAAACUCCAACGCCGCGUUCAGGCCAUGCGCCAGCUGCAUCAGUAUAUCGACCGCCCGGACUACAUUCAACACUUCAAGCUCGAGAAUCCUUUUUGCGAGCCUUGCUCUCCGAGGUAUUCUCUGGUGGGUGACGCCGAUAUUCCGCUCACAGCGGUCUUCGAGACACGUGUCCAGGAUUUUACAGUAGAAGUUACUUCGCCUUACACGCAAAAUGUCAUUGGUAUCAUCAGGUUAUCUCUCGAGCCAUCUUCGGCUCAAGCACCGUCCUCAACUCUGAAGUUUAACGUGGUCAUGCGUGAUAUGAUAGGGUUCGCUGAAUGGGAAGGAACUGACGUUCAUGCUCAACUUUUCGUACCGGGUAUUUCCGAGGAAGGAGGCGCAACCACUACUCAGAUGAUAAGUGGCUUUGAUGAAUCUCCAGUGCGGUUUGAAAGCGUACACAGCAUGAGUUUACCGCUUUCUAGCCCGCGUUCCGCGGCUUUGAAAGUUUGUGUCUACGCGCGCGUGACUCAGAUGCAUCUGGACAAACUUCUCAGUUGGGAUGACAUGCGAGACUCGGCAGAGCCGCCCCCACAGAAGCGCAAGACCCCACGUAUUCCGGAGUCAGAGUUCUACUCAGAGGAGAGACAUGACGUAUUUGCGAGGACACAGUUGCUUGAAUUGGCCGAAACGGGUGACUACCUCCCUGUCGAAGUAGUACAGAAUAAUAGUCUUGAUGCAGGCACAUAUCAGCUCCAUCAAGGUCUCCAGCGGCGGAUCAUGAUAAACCUUACUUACAGUUCAACGGAAAGUCUUCCUUGGGGUGACCUCAUCAACAUCCGUGUGGGCUCUGUCCGGUUGCUUGAUCCAUGGGGUAAGAUACCCGAUCAAGAUCUCCAGACUCCUGACGUUCUGUUGAAAUUUGUCCAGGAGCCAGUGAGGAAAGAUAAUGCAGACGGAACAUCCAAUGUCAGCAUUAUUGGCCAGUGGGACUCAAGCUUGCAUGGCUCUCUCCUCCUAGACCGAGUAACCGCGGAUAAGUAUCGUGUGCAGGUGACGGUUAGAUGGGAGCUUAUCUCAUCGCGGCUACAGGAUCCUGUUCCAUUUGAGGUGGAUUUGACUCUUCAGAUUCAAGGUCGCACAUAUGUGCGCCCGCAGUCUAUGUUCAAGCAGUUCUUCAACUCGACUCGGAUUGUGCAUUCAACAGUCCGCAUGUUUUCCUUGGCUGUUCGACCCGUCUCUGCAAAGCGCGCAGCCGACCUGUGGCGCAUGAACACGCAAAAUGAUUAUGUGAAGGGAGAGGAACUCUUGACGACUUGGUCUCCACGAAAGGUUUCGCUUGUGCGGGACUAUGUGGCAGCUCGCAAACGAAGACAACGGAUUGCUGAGCUAAAUGCUGCCAAAGGGGCUCUCGGUGCUCACUGUCUCAUGCCAUCAACUCCGAGGAGCGGACGGUCGACUCCUCUCAGAAAAUUAGAGCUUACGGACCGAAAAACUAAGCUUCUCCAAAAGUACGUUGAGCUUUGGGCGACCAAGACUGACCCUAUUGAAACCAUUCUGGUCCGGAGCAACACUGAGCCUCCUGCAGGCGGCGCAGCUUUCGCCUCUCGCGCCAAGCAACUAUCCUCGGGCGAUGAUUCUAGUUCUUUCUCUGAGGAGGUGCCGCUGAAGCCUCGAUUCGUUGCAACUAUCCAAACCCUUCCUAAGAACACUUCUUCCUUGAAAUCAGGGUAUCUGCUGACGCCUGAUGACACGAACAGCCAUUGGGUGCGCCGUUUCGUUGAACUUCGCCGCCCGUAUCUUCAUAUUUAUUCCGUUCCUGAGGGUGACGAGAUCAAUGCCAUUAACCUGCGCAAUUCGCGGGUGGACCAUGCACCCGACUUUGCGCGAUUACUUGACGGCCCAGGCGUGGGAGCCGAUCAAGGCGCAUCACCCAGGGGCCGGCCCAACGUUUUCGCAGUGUAUGGGUCCCAGAACACAUUCCUGUUUGCUGCCCGGACCGAGGCCCAAAAGGUCGAAUGGAUCUUGAAGAUCGAUGAGAGUUACUUCAGCAACAAUGCUCCCAAGCCGGCAGUUAGCCGCUCUAGAGGAUAAAUAUUGCCUUUUAUAUUCAUAUAACGUCUUGACACGUUGGACGGCAUCUGCGACAUGCGUUGGACUUGUCCCUUAACUUCCCCCCUUUUGCCUUCUAAAACAUAGAAAUCGGCAAUCGCCCUUAUAUCCUCUGAUUCUCAUCCUUCUCACUCAAGCGCACAUGGCUUUCUGACAUCCCAGCCACUCGGUUUCUUGUUCCACAUCGGCGACAGAGAGUCCGGUCUGGGGUUUAUCAUUUGUUAAACUUGCCCCUUGUCUUCACGAAACACUUUCUUGAUUGAUUUUGAGAUACCCCUGAUACAUCUUACACUUGCAAUCUCCCUGUACAUAUUUGAGAGUAUAUUUCAAGCAUAGAUAAAGAGGCCUACUGUGUCC